AUGGGUUUCAUCCCUCUCGAUCAGGUGAAUCUUCCCAGUGUGCCAACAAACGACGUCGAGAAAAUGACGACCACACAAAUCAAUGGCGACGACUUUAUGUCUUUCGAAGUCGCGGCCCUUGCCUCUGAUACCCCGAGCCCGACCGGCAUGAAAGAAGAAGUUGUGUUGCUAUCAUGGCUUAUGGUUCUUCUGCGAAGCCGCGAAGAUGUCCAAAUAUCCUACGACUGGACCUACAAAAGUGGCGCAGAUUAUAUGGCGUCAGAGCCGGUCAAAAAACUGUCAAUGAAUGAAAUAAUGAGCGGAUUACAAAGUAACGUGGGAGAAGUUGGCGCGACAAUUGCGCGCAACAUUGCGACAGCUUCACAAGCCGCUUUAAGUCCGGCAUCCCUCGUUCUGAGCACGAGUUCACUCUCAAGAGAGCCUGCCGAGGCUAAGGAUGAAGAUGUACUGCAUCUUGAAAUUCGCUUCAAUAAUGCGAGCCUCGAAAUUCGCCCGUUGUGGCACAUCGAGAAGAUGCUGCCAUACGCAGUAAAACACCAUAUUGAGGCGCUGGCUGACACCAUCAAGGUGUGCCUUUCAAGCUCCCACGCGACCAUUCAAGACUGCUUGAAACCGACAGAAAGCGAUUUGAGCGAUAUCUGGAGCUGGAACCACCAGCUGCCUCCCACACUUAGCUAUUGCAUGCAAGACAGAAUUGCCGACAGAGCUCGCGAGCAUCCAGACAAGGUUGCGAUUGAUUCUUGGGAUGGCAGCUUGACUUACGGUCAGGUUGAUCAAUAUUCCACUUAUGUGGCAUGCUGUCUUGUCGAACUGGGCGUCCAGGUACACGACGUUCUUCCAGUGUGCUUUGAAAAGUCAAGAUGGACCAUCGUCGCCGUCCUCGGUGUUAUGAAGGCUGGAGGCACUCUCGCCCUCAUGGAUCCAACUCUUCCACUUGCCCGUCUCCAGAAUAUGGGUGUUCAAGUCGGCGCAAAGUCGAUGGUUGCAUCUCGCAAGCAAUGUGAACUGGCCAAAACAAUUCUUCCCGAAGGUCAGCACUUUGUUGUUGACGAAGAGACCUUCACAAAAUUGGAGAACUCUCCAUUAACCACCACUCUACCUGUUGUGCCCCCUUCUGCCCUUCUCUAUAUUAUCUUCACCUCUGGAAGCACGGGUACCCCCAAAGGAGUGAUGGUUUCGCAUGAAACAUACACAAGCAGUGCCAUUCCCCGUGGCGAGGCAGUCGGCUAUACUCCGGAGUCCAGGGUUCUGGAUUUCGCGUCCUACGCUUUCGAUGUCAGCAUUGACAGCAUGCUUGUCACCGUCGGAAAUGGUGGUUGUCUUUGUAUUCCAUCUGACGAGGAUCGACUCAACGAUAUCAAUGAUGUGAUUCGGAAGUUGCGAAUCAACUAUACCGGUCUGACUCCUUCAGUGGGCCGCAUCUUGGAACCAGAUGUUAUUGCAUCCCUCAGUGGUCUUGGCCUCGGUGGAGAGGCUGUAUCCGCCAGAGACGCUAACAACUGGGGUAAAGAGACCCGUAUCAUUAUUGGAUAUGGUCCUUGCGAAUGUACAGUUGGAUGCACUAUCAAUAGCAGCGCUGCCACUGGCAGGGAUUACCUCUCAAUUGGCCCUGGCAAUGGUUGCGCCAUGUGGAUUGUGAACCCCAAUGACCACAAUGAACUUGUUCCAGUUGGUGGUGUUGGUGAAUUGCUUGUUGAGGGCCCUAUUGUCGGACAGGGCUACCUCAAUGACCCCGAGAAGACCGCAUCUGUCUUCAUCAAUGAUCCUACCUGGUUGGUUGCAGGUCACAAAGACUACCCAGGUCGUCAAGGCCGUCUGUACAAGACUGGUGAUCUUGGAAAGUAUGACCCCGAUGGAUUGGGAGGUAUUGUCUUUGUUGGUCGUAAGGACACCCAAGUCAAGCUUCGUGGACAGCGUGUCGAACUUGGCGAGAUCGAGAGCCAGCUUAAGGCGGUCCUUCCCUCAGAUGCCAACAUCAUUGCGGAGGUGAUCACUCCCAAGGAGUAUGGAGGCCAGGCAAUGCUCGUCGCCUUUGUGACAUUCGGAUCCACGAAGGGACAGACUGAGCUUGCCCUAGAGCCCCUCUCUAGCGAGCUGAACGAAAUUAUCACGAAGGCCAACGCGGAUGUUGCGAAGGUUUUGCCUCGGUAUAUGGUGCCCACUAUUUAUAUUCCAGUCAAUGUCAUGCCAGUAUUGAUUUCAGGUAAAACUGAUCGCAAGCAACUUCGUGCAUUCGGUUCCAGCGUCGAUCUGCGCCAGCUGGAUCAAGGCGCAGCAAGCACUGCUUCUCGCGAGCUUACUGAGCUCGAGCAGCGUUUGCGGAAGACAUGGGGCGAGACACUGAAGCUUGAUGCUGAAGCUAUUCGGCCUGACGACAAUUUCUUUGCUCUUGGUGGUGACUCUUUGGCAGCAAUGAGACUUUCGUCUGUGUGCCGAACUCAGGGUCUCGAUCUCUCUGUCAUUGACACAUUUGGUAACCCUACACUCUCAGCAAUGGCCAGCGUUGUCAAGCCGUGCAGCACUGACAUCGAAACGGAGAUUCCCGCCUUCUCGUUGAUCUCUCAGUCUGUCGAGAGCGCCCGUCUCGAAGCAGCAGAAGCCUGCGGCGUGAACCAAGAAGCCAUUGAGGAUAUCUACCUUUGCACACCCACCCAAGAGUCACUGUUCACUUUCUCGCUCAAGUCAGCCAAAGCAUACAUUGCCCAGAGAGUCGCGAACAUUCCAUUGCAUAUUUCCACGGAAGCAUGGAAGAAGGCAUGGGAGGAUGUUGUCGCCGCAAGCCCUAUCCUUCGCACUCGCCUGGCACCGCUGCAAGACCCUGGUCUGCAGCAGAUUGUUGUCAAGGAAGGUGUUGCCUGGAGAUCUGCUACAGAUCUGGAGCAGUACCUCGAGAACGACCGAAGUGAGCGCAUGAAUCUCGGACAAAGCCUGGCUCGCUAUGCCAUUGUCGCCAACGAGGACAAGCGAUACAUGGUCUGGACUGUUCACCACGUCCUCUACGAUGGAUGGUCAGAGCCAAUUGUCCUGAAACAAGUCAGCGAUGCACUGCAGAGCCAGUCCAUCGAGAUCCAGACAAAGAUGCGGAACUUCGUCAAAUAUGUUCGUGACACCGAUGAGAAUGCUAUGCAUGAAUUCUGGCGUCGCGAACUGAAGGGUGCUGUCGGGCCUCAAUUUCCUCGUCUCCCCUCCCGAGACUUCAUGCCCACCCCUAACGCCUUGAUCGAGCACCAGAUCUCGCUCGAGCCCAAUGCCGGCUCACCAUUCACAAUGGCUACACUGGUCCGUGGCGCCUGGGCUCUGGUUGCAUCGCAAUACACUGGAAGUGACGAUGUUGUCUUUGGUGAGACACUUACAGGUCGUGACAUCGCCUUGCCUGGCGUUGAGAGUAUAGUCGGACCUUUAAUCGCCACAAUCCCCAUCCGUGUCCUCGUCCGCCGCUCAAGCUCGAUCGAAGCUUACCUGCAGACAAUCCAGCAAUCUGUCUUGGCCCGCACGCCCUACCAGCACAUGGGAAUGCAAAACAUUCGAAAGGUCAGUCAAGAUGCCCAAUACGCAUGCGAGGCCCCGACCGGUCUUGUUAUCCAGCCCGACCCAGAAUACGUGGGCAGUGAGCUUGGAUUUGAGCUUGGAGAUGUCGUGCGCGAAGCAAUCCAUUUCAAUCCCUACCCAGUCAUGGUCGCCUUUGGAAUUCGCAAGGGUGGUCUCCGAGUCUGUGCAAGCUUCGACACUAGCUUGGUUGAGGGCUCGCAAAUGCAGCGCAUCCUUGCUCAGCUGGAGACCGCUUGCAUUCAAUUGUCGAAGAACCUUGAUCGGAGACUUGAUGAGAUCUCUUGUCUCCCUGAAGCGGAGUUGAACCAGAUCUGGGAGUGGAAUCAGACUCCUCCCCUCUCUGUGGACCAGGCAACUGGUAAGCUCCGCGCGGAGGCCGCUAUGAAACAGGGAUCUGUUUACCCUCGUGCUGUCGUCCCUUGGGUGUGUGAUGCGCGCAACCCGACUCUUUUAUCACCUAUCAGCUCUGUUGGUGAGCUUUGGCUUGAGGGUGAUUGUCUCUCUGGGGAGACUGUUGAAUCCCCAGCUUGGCUCUUGGCUGGAAGUGCUGGAUCCGCUGGCCGGAUUGGAAAGUUGCAGCCCACUGGUGAUAUGGUGCAAUUGCGUGAGGACGGUAGUAUGGUGUUUGUCGGCCGCAAGGAGAAUGUGGUCGCACUGCAAGGACAUGCAAUUGACAUUGUAGACCUUGAGUCGCACUUUAUUGACCACCUCCCGCCUUCAACUCGUGCCGCGGCGGCAGUCUUCAUGUCAUCAACAGAUGGCGCCCAGAGGACUGCGGAGCAAGAACUCGUUGUCUUUGUUGAGAAGCAGCCUUCCGAGGAAGACAACAUCAAGAUUAUCGCGGAAAAGUAUGAUGUUGCUAACAGUGAGUCCGGCUUUGAGACCACUGUUUGCGAUGUUAUCCCAGUCAGCCUUGCUGUCUCAUUGAAGAAGCUCGACAAGUAUAUUCGGGACUCACUGCCGGCCUACAUGGCUCCCUCAGCGUACAUCGUGGUUGACAAGUUGCCCGCUGGCCUGGAGCAGCUUGAGCACACCAUGCUGAACCAGCUUGCUUCAUUGAUUCCCCAAAGCGUGCUCAACCAAGUGCGCGAGGGCACAAAGGAGGCAUGGACCAAGGGUUUGGCGCAGACUAACCUCACACCCGAAGAGAAGAUUCUACAGGCUGCUUGGGCCAAGAUUCUCCGUCUCACCCCAGAGCAGAUUGAUGUUGAUGACAACUUCUUCCGUCUCGGAGGUGACUCUGUCUUGGCCAUGAAACUUGUGUCUGGUCUGCGCACCGAAGGUCACGCCCUGUCUGUGGCCGAUAUUUUCCAGAACAUGCGUCUCGGCGAUGCCGCUAAGGUGUUGAAGGUCGACCAAGCUUCCAAGGACAGUGUUCAGCCUUAUAAGCCCUUUUCAACCCUGAGCAACUUGGAUGUCAAGAUGUUCUUGGCCUCUACCGUCCGGCCCAAGCUUGCCAACCCAGGCUGGCCAGUCCGCGAUGUCUGUCCUGUCACCGAGUCCCAGGCAAUGGAUAUUCGGCAGACUGUCCAGGCACCACGGACAUCCAUCCAGUACAACAUGCUGUACUUUGACCAGACAAUCAACACCGAACAAUUGCUCCGCGCUUGCGCCGAUCUAGUCAAGACUCACGAUAUCCUGCGUACCGUGUUUAUUGAGAAUGAGUCUAGCUUCCUCCAAGUUGUCUUGGAAGACGCAGUCCUCCCAGUCACGAUGCACCAGACUGACCAGGAUCUCGAGCAAUACGUGACAGAUCUCUGUAAGGCAGACAUCGAGACAACCUACGAGCUCGGAUCGCCGUUCUUCAAAAUCUUCCAUGUGGAGGGCACUGAUGGCAAGCACUGCCUGAUCCUUGGCCUCUCGCACGCCCAAUAUGACGGUGUCUCGUUGCCGAGAAUCCUACAAGAUCUCGAGACCUUAUACACAGGAGGGAAGGUUUUCGACUUCGAGCCAUUUGCCUCAUAUAUUGCUCGUAUCUCCGACGGCCGUCUCCAAACCCAGGCAGUCAAUUACUGGAGCAAUCUCCUGAAGGACUCAUCACUGUCCGUCCUCGAUGGCCCAGUCGUCGAGCCAACCGAUAAAGCAAUCUUCCACGAGAAGCCUGUUGAGAACUUCACGCCCGUACAAGAGAUCACCGCUGCAAAUGUCCUCACUGCAGCCUGGGCAUUAGUCCUCGCCCGCCGUCUCGGAAAGCCAGACGUGACAUUUGGAACAGUCACAUCAGGCCGAACCCUCGACCUCGCCAAUGUGGAGAACGUCAUCGGACCCUGCUACCAACUCACUCCCAUCAGAGUGAAGUUCGAAUCCCAGUGGACAGCAAUGGAUUUGCUACAGUUCGUUCAAAAGCAAGCUGCCGAAUCUUCUACUUACGAUUUCCUCGGGUUCGAGGAAAUAUCCAAGCAAUGUGCUCAGUGGUCACCGGAGGCGCGCACGUUUGACUCCAUUGUGCACCACCAGGAUUGGGCUGACUUUGAUGAUAUGCCUUUCGCGGGCACUUCUUGCAAGGUUGAUAUCUCCAACCCGCAUGGUGAUGCUGCUUAUCCCCUGAAGGCGGUCUCUUUUGCUAAGGGUGGGAAGAUGCAUGUUGGUUUCGUUGGUAGUGAGAAGGAUGCUGCAUUUGUCGCUGCUACUCUUGAUGAGUUGGCUGCUGCUGUUGGGGAACUGUCUGGCUGCGGCCCUAACCCUUUGAUUCUUGAUGUUUGA